AUGUCCUUUGAUCGAUUUCUGGCAGUGUGUUUUCCUCUGCACUACACAAGCAUCAUGAGUCAUAGGUUCUGCUUCAUUCUGGCAGCUGGCUCUUGGGUCCUUGGUUUCUUGACCACAUCAUUUCCAAUUAUUCGGAUAUCACAGUUGUAUUUUUGCAGUGGCAAUGUCAUUAACCAUUUCUUUUGUGAGUCAGCUCCUCUGCUGAAACUAUCCUGUUCUAACCCCUUAUUUCAGAGAACUCACUGUUAUUGUCUGUGCAUCUUCAGUCAUCCUCAGCUCAGUUCUUUUAACCAUGAUGUCUUAUGGAUAUAUCCUGAGGGCUAUAUUGAGAAUUCAAUCCACCAAUGGAAAACAGAAAGCGGCAUCUACCUGUGCUUCACACCUGUUGGUCGUAACCACUUUCUACUCAACACUGUUCGCCAUGUAUAUUAA